AUCCCGAGCGUGGUGGCAGUCACAUGAUCUCGACAGAUGACCUGGAGUAUCCGCGGGAGUACCGGACGCUGGGGAACAGCGCCCGGCGUUUCUCCAAUGUGGGCCUGGUGCAUACGUCGGAGCACCGCCACACCGUCAGCGCCGCCCAGAGCCUGGAGGCCCUAACCAACCUGCACAAGGCUGACAUGGAACGCAAGCGGGAUGCCUUCAUGGACCACCUGAAGAGCAAGUACCAGCAGCAACAGCAGCAGCUGCAGCAUCCACACCACAGCCCCCACCACAACCCGCCGUCGCCCUCGCCCUCCCACGCCAGCAUGAGGGGGACAUCAGAGCGGUCCGCACGAGAACAGCAACAACCCAACUACUGGAGCUUUAAGAGCCGCAGUCCACGCCAUUCCCAGUCUACCCAGUCGGGCCUCGCUGACCAGGCCGCCAAGCUUUCCUUCGCCUCCGCUGAAUCCUUGGAGACCAUGUCGGAAGCCGACAUCCCCCUUGGUUUCAACCGGAUGAACCGAUUUCGCCAGAGCCUGCCGCUGUCCCGCUCUGCCAGCCAGAAUAAGCUACGUUCUCCAGAUGAAUUUUCAGGCGUGCUGUUCCUGCAGUAUGGAGAUGAGACACGUCGGGUGCACAUCACCCACGAGCUGAGCAGCCUGGACACGCUGCACGCUCUCAUCGUGCACAUGUUCCCUCAGAAGUUGACAGCAGGUAUGCUGAAGUCGCCCAACACGGCCAUCUUGAUCAAGGACGAGGCGCGCAACGUCUUCUAUGAGCUGGAAGACGUCCGAGACAUUCAGGAUCGCAGCAUCAUCAAGAUUUACCGCAAAGAGCCCAUCUAUGCUUCUUACCCAGCUGCUGCACACCUGGCUAACGGAGACCUCAGGAGGGAAAUGGUGUAUUCCUCCCGUGACUCCUCUCCAACGCGUCGCCUCAACACCCUCCCUUCCUCCACAGCCUCGGCGUCCUCCGGCUCUCCGUCCCGCUCACGCCUCUCCUACAGCGGCGGCCGCCCUCCAUCCUUCGCCGGGUCCCAUCCCCAGCAUGAGCAACCCCGACAUCCCCACCAUCCCUCAGCCGGCCACGGUGCCAACGCAGGCCUGUCUCCUUCGCCCAGCGCAAUCCUGGAGCGCCGCGACGUCAAGCCUGAUGAAGAAGUUUCUGCAAAAAACAUGGCACUGAUGAAGAACGAGGGGCUGUAUGCAGAUCCCUACAGCUUGAUGAACGAAGGUCGCCUCAGCAUUGCCUCCACCCAGUCAUUAGCUGCCAUCGGAGACCCCUUUAGCUUCCCCGUGUCCACUGGCCUGUACCGCCGUGGCUCUGUGCGCUCCCUCAGCACCUACUCGGCUGCUGCUCUUCAGGGGGACCUGGAGGACUCUCUUUACAAGCCCGGAGGUUCGCUGUACUCUGACACAUACUCCUCGGCCACUCUGGGCAUGGGUUUUCGCAUGCCGCCCUCAUCCCCCCAGAAAAUCCCUGACAUGCAGCUGAGGGACAGGGACUCGUAUUCCAGCUCACCCAGGGCCUCACCUGUCAGGCAGUCUUUCCGCAAGGACUCCGCCUCCUCCUCUGUGUUCGUCGAGAGCCCAAAGUCGAGGCCCAGCUCCAGUUCAGAGCCUCUGUGUCUAACAGCUGGACCUGGAGAGGGCAGCAGGACCAUGCCUGGUUUUGGUUCUUCAUUAUCUGGACAAGACGCAGAUACUAGCAGGGAUCAUCGCCUGGAGCGCAUGGAGGCCAUGGAGAAGCAGAUAGCCAGCCUGACUGGCCUGGUCCAAAGCGUCCUGACCAGAGCACCAGAUAGCGACAGCACCGAGAAGACCGAAACCAACAGUGACGGCUCCGCCACUGGAACUGGACGGCUGAAGCAGAAAGCUCACACGCCGUCAGCACCCCUAGCUCUGAUGCCGCCGCCACCUUCUAACAUGAGCCAGGUGAACAGCGUUGGCCGCUUGCAGAUGCAGCUCCAUCUGCACGGGCUGCAGCAAAAUGCAACUGACCUGCGCAAGCAGCUCACCCAACUACGCAAGAUACAGAUUGAGAAUCAGGAUUCAGUGCGAACCCUGUUGAAACGGACGGAAGCGGAGCUGAAUGUGCGCGUGGCCGACGCCCUGAGGAAGCAGGAGGAUCCUCUGCAGAGACAGCGCCUCCUGGUGGAGGAGGAGAGACUCAAGUACCUGAAUGAGGAGGAGCUCAUCAUUCAGCAGCUCCACGACCUGGAGAAGUCAGUGGAGGAGAUCCAGAAGGAGUCGUCUGUCAACCACAAGCUGGUGACAGUGCAGGAGCUGGAGGAGAAGGCCACUGUUCUGAGAAAGCUGGGAGAAACACUGACAGAGCUGAAAAAUCAAUUCCCCAGCCUGCAGAGUAAGAUGCGGGUGGUGCUCAGGGUGGAAGUGGAGGCCGUGAAAUUCCUUAAGGAAGAGCCACACAGACUGGAUGCCCUGUUAAAACGCUGCAAGACUAUAACCGACACCCUUGCCACCAUGCGCAAACAAGCAAAUGAGGGAGUAUGGAAGAAGCAAGAGGACUUCUCCAGUCCUUCAUCAAAGCACAAUGAGGACUUGCGAAAAUUUGCAGACUUUGACAUCCCCACCAGUCCUCCUCUCACCAUCAAUGACCUUGGGGGAGGCAACAGCCUGUCCAAUUGGAGCCCUCACUCCAGCCUCAGCCGUGUUCACGGUAACCCAUCCGGCCCUCACAAGGACAAUCAUCCUCCUGUCCCCCACAAGGGCAAAGCUCUGGAGGAGCUGGAGCGCCGUGCUGCUGCUGACAAAGCUUUGUCCGUCGAAGUCCGACUGGCAGCAGAGCGAGACUGGGAGGAGAAGCGAGCCAGUCUAACCCAGUACAGCGCCCAGGACAUCAACCGGCUGCUGGAGGAGACCCAGGCUGAGCUGAUGAAAGCUAUUCCAGACCUGGACUUUGCUGCAAAGCAGAUCAAGCCCUCGUCCAACACACCGUCCACCCAAAACCCCCAGAGUGGGGCAGCGACCCCAGAGCACCGUGCCAGCAAGCCCCAGCACAAGCUUUCUGGAAGAGAGGGAGGAUCCAGGCGUGGCUCUGAUGAGCUGACAGUACCUCGAUAUCGCACAGAGAAACCCUCCAAGUCUCCUCCACCUCCACCUCCGAGACGCAGUUUUCCUUCUUCUCCAGGUCUGACCACUCGCAGCGGAGAGCCACUAAUUCCUGGAAAAAGCAUAAAGAAAUGUGAAUCUGAAGAGACUGAGGGCCAGAAGCCUCACGUAAAACUGAGGAGGACCGUGUCUGAAAACCCUCGUCCUGCGUCUACACCUCCAACACUGGCCUCUGGGGACAAGGAGGAGUUAGAGGAGGAGAAAAUCGCUGCCGAAUUGGAGCUGUUUGAGAGAGCCCCGCUCAGGCUCUCUUUUCCCCCAUCACUUUCCCUGCCUGUUAGACCAUGCAGCAGGAACAGUGUACCCCCCUCCAGACCGGACCUUUGGCCACCUGAGGCCUCAGGCACUCAGGGAAGGCACUUGUCUCCUGUCCCCCACAUCGUGUUGACAGAGUGCUCAACAGCUUCACCCACUUUCUCAGAGGAUCCUGUCAGAGAUUUAGCAAAUGAACCUCUAGAGGAGAGUCCAUCACGAGACUGGACUGGUCACCACGUGGCCUAUGAGACCAUAAUUUCAAGGGGAAGAUAUUCAGAGGGAUUUCAAAGCCCUCCUCAGCGGGAGCAGAGUUGUUUGGAUGUAGAAUCCAAACCGGAAGUUGCCCUGCUGCUGACAGAGCUGGAAGUGAGGGUGGUGUCUCCCCUCGAGGCCCAUGAGCUCAGCAGGACUGCAGGGGAAGUUCUACAGAUUCUAACCAUCUCACCACAGACUGAAGAAGUCUCUGAGGUCCAGCUGAGUGAGCGGCCUGUCCUAGUGCUCUUCAGGGAGGAAAAAACUGUCAGAGAUGCUUACAAGCUGCUGUAUUCCUUUCUGGAGUCGCCCAAACCGGUUCCCAAACCCAGAUUGAAAUCGUCCCACCACUCAGGCCAGCAGAGCUCACUAGUGGAGGCUCUGAGGAGAGGGAUGGAGACAGGGGAGAGCAUUGUGACACUUCAACACACAACUGAAAUUAGUGCUACACAACAGAGUCCAGUGAGCCUCACUCAUGAGUCGAGUGGGUUACUUGGCUCUGUGGACAGUCUCACCAGUCGUAAAAGAACGGGAGAAGAUAUCAGACGCAACACCUUCAUGAGGCUGGACAGCUUGGAGGAGACUAUUCGAGAGCUGGAGAACACGUUGAUAGAGAUCAGUGGACAUCCUACAACAGAGCAGCUCUACUCUGAAACAACCGCCAACAGUACUCCUGUUCAGAGUCCAACCUCGGUGACCAAGAAGCCACCAGUCCCACCCAAACCGUCAACGCCGAGCACAGCACCAAUCCAGGGAGGACAUAAUUCCAGUGUCGGUAAGGUUCUCCACUCCUCAGCUGCCUCCAAGCUGAAGCAUCUGCAGCAGAACAGCACAGACAAGACUAAAAGUGGCAAAAGAGAGGACUUCCUGAAGAUCCAGGGCCAGCAACAGCAGUGAGCGACCUGUCCGUGUCCAGCCUCUUCAGCUUCCUUCUCCUCCUGUUCACCUGACUACAGAGAUACACACAUCCAUCUGCCCUCCCCCACCCCUUUGUACUCUAUCAGCUCCGUUUGCAUCUCCAGUGUUGACUCCAAAAUAUGCUCUGAAACCCACUCUGUGUGCAUUUGUGGAUGAGUGCGUACGUGUGUGUGUGUGUGUAUGUGUGUGUGUGCGCAAGCAUGCUUGCACAGGCAUGUUUGACUCUAAUGGUAAGGGAAGGUGCUGCAGGCCACAGAGCCCAGCCAGAGUUUUAAGACUUUUAUUUGUCAUGAUUUCCCCUUUGACCCCUUAAAACCUCAUCUCUCCUCUACCCCCCCUCCUGUCUUCUGUGUCCCUGCUCCACCUGAAGGCCUUGGGGACCAACAACACCAGUGGCAGUAUUGAGCCAUACCUCUCUGGUAUCAAAACGGGCAUUUUUUCAGGCCGAGUGGCCUCUCCUGCAGCAGCGUUUGCCCCUGGCCUGAGGAAGUACCCCAAGGAGGGGUCAAUGCCCUCCCUGACAGCCUCCUCAAGCCAAGCAAAGGCCCUCCUGGCAAGCCUGACUGCCUCCGGCCUGAGCGCUGAGGCCUUGCUCCUCUCCUCCACCCUCCGUCAUCACCGCCUUCUCCGUGAGCAGCGAGCCUCCUCCUUGCCUCCGCCCAGCAGCCAGUCCUCAUCCCCUACUCCCCCUGCUACAUCCUCCUCCUCUUCCUCCUCACCCACCACCCC